AUGGCUACCACAACAAGCCUCAACCCGGCCUCCCGGCCUUCCAUCGCCUCUGUCCUGCCACCUCUCUUCCUGGGCACAGCAACCUUCAACACCCAGCAUGUAAAGGACCCGCUGCAGAUGCCGUACAGGCAAAUCGUCUCAAGGGCGCUAGAGCUCGGCGUCAACGGCUUCGACACAUCGCCGUACUACGGCCCCUCAGAGGUCCUCCUCGGCGACGCCCUGGCCGCCCACACCGCAGCCACCAACAUUCCCAGAGAGUCCUACGUGCUGGUCACAAAGGCAGGCCGCAUCGCCGGCAACGAGUUUGACUACUCGCCGGCGUACGUGCGCUACUCUGUCCUCCGCUCCCUCAGCCGCCUCAACACGACGUACCUCGACCUCGUGUACAUGCACGACGUCGAGUUCGUCCCCCCCGCAGAAGUCCUUGCUGCCGUCCAGACGUUAAGACAGCUUCGCGAUGAGGGCAAGAUCCGCUAUGUCGGUAUCAGUGGUUUCCCCGUCCAUGUUCUCUGCAGUCUCGCCGAGAUGAUCCUCGCUGAGACAGGUGAGGCUCUCGAUGCAAUCCUGAGCUACGGCCACUUCACCAUCCAGAACCCCACGCUCGGCCUCGCAGAGGUUGUCGCCGGACCCGACCACACCGACGAGCAGAGCCCGCUGCGGAGAUUCCGCAACGCCGGCGUGCAGGUCGUGCUGAACGCAAGCAUGCUCGGUAUGGGUCUCCUCACAUCCACAGGCGUUCCCGCGCGCACGGAGACGGCGGAGGGCAAGGCCGGCGUUAUCGCCUCGUGGCACCCCGCGCCGGACGACCUGCGCUUGGCAUGCCAGAAGCUCUCGACCAUCGCCAGCGAUGCCGGCGAGCGUCUGGAAACCGUGGCGCUUCACUGGUCAAUGGAGGAGUACGCCCGCGUCGGCGCCGCAGCUGGUCUCGGCGUGCAGUUGCCGAGCCAGAGCGGCGACGUGCGCGUCGGAGGCAGCGUCAUGGGCGUCACCAGCACCGCGGAGCUCGAGCAGACUGUCGAGUCGUGGAAGGUUGUGCUCCAGGGUCUCGCUGCUGGCAGUGAGGCUUCGGCGCGGUAUGAGAAGCUCAAGGCUCUCGUGGAGCAGAAGAUGUGGCCCGAGUUGGGCGUGUGGAAGGGCUACAGCUGGGCGAGCCCCGAUGAGGGCUUCCAGAACGAGAGGAGCGCGGAUAAGUUUGGCUUGAUCCCGGAGGAGGAUGAACUGAUGACCAACUUCAUGACUAGAAUUUCCAGCAAUUUGUGA